CACUGCGCAUGCGCGCUCUAGAAUCUUCCUCCUCACGUGUGGACGUGAACCGGUUCAGUCUGACGAUCCACGCUCCUGACGGACCCGACAGCAGCUCCACGCAGAACCUCGACCCACGAAAACCUCCAGACAAACAUGGCCUUCAGAAAAUUCCUUCCCUUGUUCGACCGGGUGCUGGUGGAGCGCCUCAUUGCAGACACCGUGACGAAGGGCGGCAUCCUGCUGCCGGAGAAGUCUCAAGGCAAAGUGCUGCAGGCCACCGUCGUGGCCAUCGGACCUGGAGCUGUCAACCCGGACUUCUACAACUGGCCGGAUGAAUCAUUCGAGGAGAUGGACAGCACGCUCGCUGUCCAACAGUACAUUCAGCAGAACAUUAGAUCAGAUUGCUCCAAUAUCGACAAAAUCCUGGAACCUCCGGAGGGUCAGGAUGAGGGGGUGUGGAAGUAUGAACACCUCAGGCAGUUUUGUCUGGAGCUCAAUGGACUAGCUGUAAAACUGCAGAGCGAGUGCCACCCAGACACCUGCACCCAGAUGACAGCCACAGAGCAGUGGAUCUUUUUAUGUGCGGCCCACAAGACACCCAAAGAGUGCCCUGCCAUUGAUUACACCAGGCACACGCUGGACGGAGCUGCCUGUCUUCUCAAUAGCAACAAAUACUUCCCCAGCAGGGUGAGCAUCAAAGAGUCAUCGGUGGCUAAACUCGGCUCCGUCUGUCGUCGCAUCUAUAGGAUAUUCUCUCAUGCCUACUUCCACCACCGCCAGAUAUUUGACAAGUAUGAGAACGAGACGUUCCUGUGUCACCGGUUCACACGCUUCGUCAUGAAGUACAACCUGAUGUCCAAGGACAACCUGAUCGUGCCCAUCCUGGAGGAGGAGGUGCAGAACACGUCAUCAGCCGGGGAGAGCGAGGCCUGAGAGGCAGCUGCUGCCACAAGGGAGACGUGUGAAAACAAUAUCUACACAUUACAGAGGAGACGCAUUCACACACAGACACACACAUGAAUAUAUAUGUAUACACAUUAGACACACUACAGUGUAUUAAGGCUCCUGUCCAGUAACACUGUUCAUGUCCCUCCUCCCCUGUGUCUAUCUCAGAGGAGGUGAAGUUAAAGAGCGAGAGCAGAGUCACUCCUGCAGGACGACACCUUUUCUGUUUCCCUCCUUGUUCCUUCAGAUUCAGGCCGUGUCUCUGGAAACACCUCCGCUCUAACUCCUCCCCUUUUACUUUAUUCUUCUUUAAGCAGCUGGAUUUGCAAAAAAAAAAAAAAAAAACUACGUAAAACCAUGGUGACCUGUAUUGUUGACGAAGGCACACACACUGACAGCCCCCCCUCCCCUGUAUAUAAGCCGCGCCCCUUUCUCUUAAUCCACUGUCAUCAUUUCUGAUGGUGCUUCACUGUCUGCUUCUGUUCUGUUUGCUUGUGUUGCCUACCAGCCUGUGUUCGGGGGUGUCCCAUGAGACGGAUCUCUAAAUUAGCCGGCUCACAUAAUAAUGCUGUUCGGACACUUUGUAGGGGCGUGGCUCGUGAACAAAGAGAACCUGUGUCUCUCUCUCUCUCUCUUUAGCUUCGUAGGUGUACCAGCAGUCAGGUAUUCUGUCUCCUCGCUCUCGGAGUGUGUAGGAGGCUGUUGGCUAACUUCUGAUCCUGCUUUGUGACGUGCCCCCCCCCCCCCCCCCCCCCGUUUAAUCCUGUGUGAAAUGUGCCUGAUGCUCCGCCUCCCCCGACUCGACGCUGCUGUUCCUACCGAUCUAAACAUUCGACCAGUAAAGGCCACGAGGAAGUUCUGACUAUCGGCAACAUUUAAGUAUCUGAGCACAACCUCCCGUCUUCUACCCCCUCCCUCGUUAAGUUAUUUUGUGGGAGGAGUCUUGUCAGUCCAACCCACUUUUUUUUUUUUUAACGGACUAAACAAUUUUGUUACUGUUGACAUUUACAUGAUGUCUGUUAAUAAAAAAUACCUAUUAUUCAGACUGAUGUUUUUUAUAUUACUGAGGUUACAUCCACACUAUUUACAAACAUUUGUGUGAAUGUAAGGAAACAAACUGACGUGAAACUAAAGUUAAACUUGAAAAAUAAAAGAAGCUAAAUGUACAAAGUCAACAUUAAUACUGACAUUUAUUAAACCUGAUGAUGACUACAUCAUAUACAUAUAACCAUGGUCACAUAACCACUUUGAACCUCUCACUCACUGGAAAAUCUCAAAUAUACUUUAACUGGACAGAAAAUCAAAUUCUGAUUAUAAAAUAACCAUUAAAAAAAAAAAAGUUUUCAAAAAGGAGCAUCGAUGUUUCUGGUCACCUGAUUAACAGUUGAUUGAAUCUCAUCGUAUGAAACAUCUGAAGACUUCAAUGAUGAAUCAUCGGCUGCAGCUUCCCCUCAAAAAGAAAGUAACAUGCAUCACAAUUAGUUCAAACUGAAAUUUGCAGUUGUGAGUGAAAAUCUCUUUAAAUAUUUAUAACAUUGUCCCUUUCAUAGCAUUAAAAGACAAGAUCUAACAUUUGCUGUCCGGACAUAUUGUUAAAUAUUUUCCUGAAAAGAAAAACACUUAAUACUUAUUGCAGGUAAAGCUGUUCAAGUUGUAGCUCAACUGCUGUUGUCUGAAUAUUAUUAAAAAGCAUUUUACUGUAUCGAUGUUUCCUGUGUGUGUGUCUCUGUCUGUCUGUAAAAAUUAUUAUAUUAAAAAGGUAAAGUUCAAAGUUCAUCAGAAUCAUUUAGUCACAAACUCAGGAAACUUUACGUUGUUUGUUUUUUGAUAAACUUGAAAUACGAAACGUUAUUGAUCUGAUGACAUCGCAGCAGCAGCAUGAAGAGAAACGUGAAAACAAUAAGAAAACUAUGAUUGUACAUAAACUGUAUUUGUAUAUUAUGUAUAUGACAUUUGAAUAUGCAUCAGUAUAUAAAUGAUUAUUAUGUCACCAUAUACUUGAUAUAAGUGUGUGUGUUUGACUAGUUUAACAACUUGUAACACACGCGUCACAACAACUGAUCAAUAAAGUUUUAAAUGACCAGUGAAAAUCC